AUGUGCAUGGAAUUUGGCGCGACUGUCAUUCCAGAGAUCAUGAUCCGAGAACUUUCUGGAAAAAUUGUGCCAAUUCGUCCAACAUCCAAGGAGAAGGGGCGCGAGAGCGAGGAGCGGCGGCCGCGCAAGUCGCGCGCCUUUUCGCUGUCGCCCGGGCGUGCGUCGCAGAUGGCGCUGGAGCACCUGGCGGCGGCGGCGGCGGCGCCCGGCGGCCCGGGCCCGCCCGACGCCCACGCCCACGCCCACCGGCCCAGCACCGCCGCCUUCUUCGAGAUUCCAAUGCUUGCAGAGACAUUGCGUGAACGUGGAACAAAUUUAGUUGAAAUAUGUGUGGAAGAUAACCCUUCCCAAGCUCACAAUUAUUACCUGAUACUGCGUGAAUGUAAGAAGCUUCAAGCUUUAUUUUUACGUGGCUGCAAGAUAGAUAAUGCGGGUACGAAGCUACUGGCAGAUGAACUUACUUACUCUGAGGAAAAUGCACAAACAUCUUUGCUGUAUCUCAAUCUCAGUAAAAAUAUGAUUGAUGACGAAGGAGCUUCAGCUCUUGCUAAA